GCGACAGACCAGACACAGCGCAUUUUUCGUCGUGGUCUUCGAUGUCCGCGUUUUGCGUUUUUGCGGCAGUGUGUCGUUUCCGGCGGGUCAACACCUCCCAGUGGAAGUGAUAAAUUUUCUUUCCGAAAUCUUCGAACGGCGUAGACUGUGAAAAGUGUGAUUUGUGAAGAGGAAAAUACGGUCAGCCAUCGGAAAUAGUUACCCGUUGAAGCUGAAGCGCAGUGGGGAAAAAAGUGAAGCCAUCUUUUUCAGUUUUCGUCGCGUGCGACGGCGAUAUGCGCUAGAGCGGGAGCGAAGAACGUGUGCGUACAGAGCAUUUUUUUCACAAAAGCAGUGGAAGAGUUUGCAUAGGAUGGUAAAAAGGUUGUAAGCAUUGUGUUAUUCGAGGCAAAAGUAGUUUUUGAAGCGCAAAGGCGCUUUGGCGGAAAAAGCUGACAACGGGUGAAGAAGAGCAGGAUCCAGCAGCGACCGAAUGUGAAUGGUGUGAAGAAGUGAGAGGGAAGUGGAGGAGUCGUCGGCAAUCGAUUGCUGGUGUCUGUGGUGGUGUAUGAGCUACAUGCAUGUCACUGUGUGUGUUGGAAGAAAUCCGCGAGGACCGGGUUUUACAUGGGAGCACAUCACUACAAGCGCAGAAUUUGUUAUGAGCGUACAUAGUAUACAUGGUACCACCAUUUUAAUGUGCCAUCGGUGUGUGAAGUGAUUUGAGGCUGGAAGGAAAAAAGGAAGCGUGAUGAGAAUUGUGUUCCGGUAAAGGAAAGCCAUUUUUUCAAGCGUUCAAAGUAAUGAAUUCUUCAUAGGCAAAAGAAGUUGUCCGAAUUUCGUUGAAAAGUGUGUUACGGUCGUACAGCUUGCUUUGUUCUUCGAGGAGGCAGCAUAAUUUGCAUCGCAACCGCGCGUCUCUUCGUUCUUUUCGACACCCUUCCAGGAUAAAACACUCUCCGACUGUGCACGGUGAAAAUGGGUCCAAAGUGAGAACAAAUGGGAUACCGGUGUUAGUUCAACCUGGUCCUGCUUUGACGAAAGUGACGAAACUUACCUAAUCCGUUACCAGUGGUGAACGUAAACGUUGUGCUAUAUUGAAGCGUAGAAUACACGUUCUCACACCGGCGGAAAGCAAGCGGCCAGCACCGAAUUGCCUGCGCGCGUGCGAGCAACGGUGAAUGGGACUAGCGGUCGCUGCUACGUCGGUGUCUACGAAGACGUUUCGAUCCGAUGCUGUGGAAGAGAUGGCCCCCGCUCUUACGGAGCCACUGAGCCAAAGCAAACUGUCCUCCUCGGCCGCUUCCGGUGCAUCGCCGAGAACGAGCAGCAGCACUACGACGACCGCCACGGUGACGGCCACGCUCGGCGGUACGACACUGCUUCCCUCGGCGGAUGAGCAGCAGCAGCAGCAGCAGCAGUCGUCGUUGCAAGAAGUGGUGGAGAACUACGCCGAGCAACAGGUAGUUGUCCAGCAGGAUCUACCGCCGAUGGUGGAAGGGUUAGUCGAAGGUGUUGUUGCCGCCCCUACGGUACCCCUCACGACGGAAGCGACUCUGGAUGAGAUGGGAAUGUCCCUGCCGGUAACGUCUGGCGAUGGAGGCAGCACCACGGUGGACGAUAUCCAGAACAACAACAGUGCCAGCGGUGGUCUGAAGCAGUUGGAACAGGACAGUAGCUGCGAUCUGGUGGAGAUAGCGCUUGAACAGAUGCAUCACGAGACGACGGCCCUCGUUGGUAGCGGAGGGGGUGCGACCACCAUGGAUGCUAUCAUGGACGCAGCAGAUGCUGGGAUGGACAUAGGCACGGUUGCGGCACCUGUUGGCGCAAUGCCCUCGAACAUAUUGCAACCGCCGCCAGUCACCGGACCACAGCAUUCAGAUUUUGUGCUCAUGGACAUCAAUAAUACCCCAAUCAUCAUGCAACAACCGGUGACCUUUCCGGACCAGCAGGUCCCGAUCCAACAGCCACCGCAGGGCUUGAUAGGCCAAAUGGGGCAGAAUCAACAGGACCUAUCGCAAUCUUCGACUUCCUCGCUCGGAGUCUUUAGUGGAGUGGGCGGCAUGGCAGGGGGUGGUGUCGGUGGUACCGAGCUCGGUGGUCUGAUGAAGGAGACCGGACCGGAUAUGGACCAGAUGAUCCGCGAAAUAUCGACCGGCGAUAUCGACCUGUUGCAGGUGUUGAAGAGCUUCGAGAACAACAGUCUGCUGCUGUUCAGUGACGUCGAUGUGGCGAAUCUGUGCGACGUCGGGCCGGGCGAUGGACGGGACGUACACGCGCUUCCGUCUUCCUCCACACCCUCGACUUCCCCCAACAAGGACCGGGAGCGGCUCGAGCUGCACGCUGAAAUCGUGAAGCGUCAGGUGCAGAUGCAGCGCAAGUACGACUUUCUAGUCCGACGACUCCACAAGGUAAUCGCGCGGUACAUGGGCCAACACGUGAGCGAAGAGGUGGCCGGACUGUUCGAGCACACGCAGCGCUACUGGAAAAAGCGCGAAAAAGAGCACGCCAAGCAAAUGCACAACAACAACAGUGGUGGAGGUCCCGGGAACGCGUCCGCGACAGCCGCUUCCUCCUCCUCGGCCGGGGCGAAUGAAAAGUGGCCUGAAAUCAUCCCAUUUCAGGCGCCACCGCCCGAUGCCGCGCCCGCCCCGCCAGAAAAACUGAAACCGAUCUCGGCAAACGCGCUCAAGACGUUCAGCAAGCGGAUGGAAGGAAUCUCGAGCACGAUCUGCUCGAUGGAGAGCAAAAGCGUGCUCCACAGUCGCUAUUUUCACGGCGUAAGCAGCUGCGGCCCGAAAUCGGCGGCGGUCUCCUCCGGUUUGCCACCAUCCCUGGCGGACCCAGCAGCGUCCACGUCGUCGGCAGCUGAUGGAGGCGGUUACGCAAACAUUUCCAACACGAUUCCUCUGUUCGAUCGGGUGGCCACCCAGGAGCUGGAGCAGACGGCCGGGUUGCUGCACGCCGAGUUGCGGCACGUUCAGAAUACCAUCGAUUCGGACGCGACGCUCAGCAGCUCCGGUGGAGAUUCGGCGGAUGAAUCGAUGCCGUACGUGAACGAGCUGCAGGAACCGCUAACGAUCACCGAACGAGCGUCAUGGAAAUGGUCGAAAGAUCGGGCGGCGGUUGCGAGCCGAUGGACCUGGCUGGUGGCCCGUAUAGCCGACCUGGAGUACCGGAUUCGUCAGCACAGUGAAGUGCUGAACAAGAUCCGCGCCAAAAAAGGGCCGGUUGUAUUGGAGGAACCGCCGGUGGCGGCUAGUUCAUCUUCCACCGCCGUUGGCAGUAAUCCGGAGGAUCCGCAGCAGCAGCCUCCACAGUCGAUUAAUGGUUACCGAGGACAGCUGCCAGGAGGCAGCAGCAGUAGUAAACCCCUGGACACCUCUGACCCAGCGGCGGCAACCACUGUGGCCCCAGCGACCGACGAUGAGGACGACCUUAUGGCAAGUUGUUCUCGCGCGAAACCCUACUGCCGGUUGCGGUUCCGAAAGCGUAAGCUACUACCGACCAACAACCUGCACGUCAUAUCGAAGCGAGCCGCACGGCCAAGUAACUUCAAGUGUGGCUGCCAGUGGCCGUUGAAUCCGUGUGCCCUCUGCACGGGUCGGCUGGAUCCGACGGCCCCCCGAGACCCGCUAGAUACGAUGCCAUUCGCCGAACGGGUUGCCCUGCUCGAUCCCUGCUUCCAUUCGGUGUUAAGUUUUCCGGAAGACAUUUCGCACAGUGUGCAUUUGGAGGCGAUUAUGCGGCUGCCGGAAUGGCAAAACCGGAUGAUCCGCAGCACACCGGUCACCAUUCCGGCGUCGUCCACAUCGCACAAGACCUCCGGCCUAGCGGGUGCAUCAAGCCGUAUCGGUGGUCGAGGCGACGCCAACUCGUCGUUCUUCUCGUCCGGUGACGAAACGGCGCCGACGUCGCACGGCAAGCGCUACACGGGCUCGGAUGGCAAGCGGAAGUAUAGUAGCAGCAUCAACAACAAGUACAAGAACACCAACGAUCGCUCCAUUACCACCGAUAGUGGAAAUAAAUCUAAAAAAGCCAAAUCGAGGCGGGAUGUGAUACUGGCGAACAGUCGCAAGUCCGGCUACCUACCAGACGGUUCGCGGACGGGACCGAACGGCCACAGCCGCAACCACAAGAAUAAGUCGCGCAAGUCGUCACACUGUUACGAAUACUACGACGGAAACGAUGGUGGCGUUAGCCGUAGCAAGAACUCGUCCCCGACGCCAAACUAUCAGCGAAACGAAAGGAGGCCACGAAACUCGUACGACAUCGACAACAUUAUUAUACCAUAUAGUAUGGCGGCUUCUACGAGAGUAUCGCUUCCACAGUACAAGGAUAUCGCAAUACCAAAAUGGCGUGUUGUGGAUGAUAUUGAUGAAUCCUUUGCCGGCCUGUCGGCCGACGGCGGAGACACGAUGAAGCUCGAUCCCGCCACGGAUACGAGCCAGUGUUCGACCUCUUCCUCGACAGUGUCCGCCAGCGAGCGUGUGGACGACGACAAACAGCCUCCUACCCCCCAACCCGUACUCAAGCGAUCGCGCGAGUCAUCGAAUCCGCCGAACGGCACGAAGGCGUCGAAGCUUGCCGGCUCUAUGGGGUACGUGCGGAAGGAGGAACUGGAGGAACCGCAUCAUCAUCUGGUGCACCAGCACCAGCAGCAACUGUUCGUGAUGCCCGCGCUGGACGACGAGGACAUCUCCGACGAGGCGAUCAUGCUGAAGCACGAACGUGCCCUGCAGGAAGAACGGAAGAAGUUCCGCACGUACAUGAAGUUCCCCUGGAGUCGACCGCGCGCCAAUCGCCGCACGGAAAGUCGCGCCGGUUCGAGCGGUGGCAAUACGCCCGAUCCCACGUCCCCCGCGCCACCCACGCCAAUGGUGGAACACGAUUCUUCACCGGCCUGUCCGUCAACUCCUCUUACACCUCUCGAUGGGCAGGAGCUGUCCGAAGCGAAUGUGAUCAAUGCACUGAACAAAAGUUUAACGAAGAAAGAACGCCGAAGGACGGUGUCGUCGAAGCGCGACGAACAACAGAAUCAAGCUGCUGCCGUUGGCGGAGCAGGCAGUACGACGCCAGAUACACGCGAGGUUGUGUCUCCUUACGAGUCGCUUCAGUUCCCACUGCCGGAUGACAUCUACGAGGACAUGGUGCGCUCGAUGCCCAACGACCACAUCGCCAUGGUGGAGGACUGCAUUAGCAAGCUGACCGGUCGCGACGGGUUGCCGCUGCGCCGUUCACGGCAUCGCAACAACAACGUGCUGCUGAUGCUCAAGUCGAGCGCUGUCCUAGCCCCGGCCAGCCUGGGGCUCGGUGGAGCUCGCAAUCCGCUCAGCUCCAGCGCUUCGUGCUCCUCGACGACACUGUCGGCGACCGAGACCGACCUGGAGGAGUUCGACGACGAGGAUCUGAUGCUCGCGAAGCGCACCGAAAACCAACUGAUCAUGGAGCGGUUGCUGAAGGGACGGGGCGAGUCGCAGCAGUACGAGAUCGAACCGCCGACCGCGAAACCAAUCCUCGGUGACGACGAGGACGAGGAGGUGAUCGAUGACGAGGAAACGGACACGGGCGAAUCGCUGUUCGUCGAGGAGGACGAUCCGAACGAUCCCGAGUGGCACGAUCGUCCCGCCGGUGGAGGUGGUGGCCGUUCCGGUGGUGGUGUUGGUGGUGGUGUGGUUUAGUUCACAAGCCAAACACAAUAGCGAGCGCGCGUGUGUGUGUGGGGCGGUGGUUCCAGUUUUUCCGCCUAUUUUUAUCUUAUGGUUUUAGAACGUACACGGCUUCGUAAGUAAGUUUAUCGGUCUUAUUCACUAUGUGAGUUUUUUUUCUUUUUCUUAAAACCAACCAGAAGGAAGUUACCCUCACCACAACUACCGUGGGGUUGUUGUUUUUGAAGAAUUCAAUUUUACAGAACAGGAAGAUGCAAAUGGCAACAGCAAACAGCAAAUUAUCAUAAGCUUAGAAUUAAAGUGUCGGAAAAAGGAUAAUUAUGAAUCCAAACCCCCCCCCCCUACCCAGUUGUGGCCAUACUUUCGGGAAUCAUUUUACGGUUUCUCCUUACACCGUUACCACAAUUCCACACUACCCGGCCUCUGUUGCUGCAAUUUCACAUUUGUAUCGCGAGUGUUUUUAGUAGUAACCGGACACGGCGGUAAUACGGUGCACAACAAACGACGUUAACACACACGUUCUAGCGGAGGUUUUAAGUUUUCACACAUAAGAUUGAUUUAAGAUUAUAUUUUACUAUUCUUCACCAUCGCCGUCUUGGCAGCAGUGGAAGAGAGGGAAGGGAUAACCUAAAACUAUGUGUGACCGUGUAACAAACACGUUGCUCUCCAGUGCAUGAUUUUCUUAGCGUUUGUUUGAGGCGGAACGUCAAGUGGCGAGUCGGUUGUAAGAAUAUAUGGAUAUACACGAAACAA